GACGGAGUAUUACGGGAUAUGCGUAUAUCCUACAGAGUACUCCGCAAUAUUUAGCAGCUGAAAUACAGUUCUUAUUAUACCUUCUUGUUCGUCUUCACCGGGAAAUUUGAUUCAACAAAAUCUGCGAUUGCUCGAAGAUGGCGGCUACAUGGCAACCGGUAGAGGAAGGGUUCAAGGAGAUCUGUGGAUUGUUGGAGCAACAGAUGUCGCCUACUUCCGACAAGUCUCAGAUUUGGCAGCAGCUGCAGCAUUACUCUCUGAUCCCCGACUUCAAUAAUUACCUUGCUUUCAUAUUUGCCCGUGCCGAGGGGAAGUCGGUGGAUAUUCGGCAAGCAGCUGGGUUGCUUUUGAAGAAUAACCUUAGAGGUGUGUUUAAGACCAUGCCACAGGGGAACCAGCAAUAUAUAAAAUCCGAGUUGUUACCUUGUCUAGGAUCUUCUGAUAGACACAUUAGGUCUACAGCCGGGACCAUCGUUAGUGCUAUUGUUCAGCUUGAUGGAGUGGGUAGUUGGCUGGAGUUAAUGCACACUCUUGUAAAAUACUUGGAUAGCAAUGAUGCUAAUCUAAUGGAAGGCGCAAUGGAUGCUUUGUCUAAGAUAUGUGAGGAUGUUCCCCAAUUCUUGGAUUCUGAUGUAUCAGGAUUGUCAGAGAGACCCGUUAAUGUUUUCAUACCAAGGUUUCUCCAGCUUUUUCAUUCACCACAUGCUACUUUAAAGAAGCUUGCAUUGGGUUGUGUCUAUCAAUUUGUUAUGCUGAUGCCUAAGGUUCUUCAUGUGAAUAUGGACAAGUAUUUGCAAGGUUUGUUUCUUCUUGCGAAUGAUUCAGCUGCAGAAGUCCGGAAGUUGGUAUGUGCAGCUUUCGUCCAGUUAGUUGAAGUUCACCCAGCUUUCUUGCAGACACACAUGAGGAAUCUUAUUGAAUAUAUUCUUAAAGUCAACGAGGACGGUGAUGAUGAAGUGGCUCUUGAAGCUUGUGAAUUUUGGUCAGCAUAUGCUGAUGCUCAGCUGCCUCCAGAAAAUUUGAGGGAAUAUUUGCCACGUCUAAUUCCUGUUUUGCUUUCUAACAUGGUUUAUGCGGAUGACGAUGAAUCACUUGUGGAGGCCGAUGAAGACGGUUCACUCCCAGACGAAGAUAAGGACAUAAAACCUCGCUUUCAUUCGUCAAGGUUCCAUGGAUCAGAAGAUGCUGAUGAUGAUGAUGGCACCGUGAACGUAUGGAAUUUGAGGAAGUGCAGUGCAGCUGCUCUAGAUGUUCUCUCAAAUGUCUUCGGUGAUGGGAUUCUUUCUAGUCUGAUGCCCAUUGUUCAGACUAAACUAUCUACUACAGAUGAUGCAUCUUGGAAAGAAAGGGAAGCAGCUGUCUUAGCUCUUGGCGCUGUUGCUGAGGGCUGCAUUAAUGGACUUUAUCCACAUUUGUCUGAGAUCAUUGGCUUUCUUAUUAUUCUUAUAGAUGACAAAUUUCCAUUGAUACGAAGUAUUUCUUGUUGGACGUUAUCACGCUUUAGCAAAUAUGUUGUUCAGAGUAAUAAUCAUCAACAAGGGCACGAACAAUUUAAUAAAGUUCUUAUGGGUCUUCUACGACGAAUGCUGGAUGAUAACAAACGAGUGCAAGAAGCUGCUUGUUCUGCUUUUGCCACACUUGAAGAGGAGGCUGCUGAAGAUUUGGUACCUUGCUUAGAGACUAUUUUGCAGCACUUAAUGUGUGCCUUUGGAAAGUAUCAGAGACGGAAUCUUCGAAUUGUUUAUGACGCCAUUGGAACACUUGCAGAGGCUGUUGGAGGAGAAUUGAAUCAGCCAAGAUACUUUGAUAUUUUAAUGCCUCCACUGAUUGCAAAGUGGCAGCAAGUUUCAGAUUCAGACAAAGACCUUUUCCCACUGCUGGAAUGCUUCACGUCAAUUGCACAGGCAUUGGGGACUGGAUUUUCACAAUUUGCUCCCCCUGUAUUCCAGAGGUGCAUUAACAUCAUUCAGACACAGCAAAUAGCAAAGGUUGGUCAUGCCUCAAGUGGGAUCCAGUAUGACAAGGAAUUCAUUGUUUGUUCUUUGGAUCUCCUUUCCGGACUUGCUGAGGGACUUUGUAGCAGCAUAGAGAGUUUGAUAUCACAAAGUAAUUUAACAGAUUUGCUUUUGCAAUGUUGCUUGGAUGAUGCUUCUGAUAUCCGACAAAGUGCCUUUGCAUUGCUUGGCGAUCUUGCAAGAGUUUGUCCUAUUCAUUUACGUAGACACUUGUCUGAGUUUCUUGAUGCUGCCAUGAAGCAACUGGAUGCUGGCAAGCUGAAUGAGAAUGUUUCUGUCGCAAACAAUGCCUGUUGGGCAAUUGGAGAAAUUGCUAUUAAGGUCCACAAAGAGAUAUCUCCUGUUGUGCUGGCAGUGAUCUCACGCUUGGUUCCAUUACUACAACAUGCUGAGGAACUCAAUAAGUCACUUGUAGAAAACAGUGCUAUCACUCUUGGGAGACUUGCAUGGGUGUGUCCAGAACUCGUUUCACCCCAUAUGGAGCAUUUUAUGCAAGCUUGGUGCAUUGCUUUGUCAGUGAUACGUGAUGAUAUUGAGAAGGAGGAGGCAUUUCGAGGUUUCUGUGCAAUGGUUAGAGCAAAUCCACCAGGGGCUUUGAGUGCACUUGUUUUCAUGUGUAAAGCCAUUGCAAGUUGGCAGGAAAUAAGGAGCAGGGAUCUACACAGUGAAGUGUGCCAAGUGUUGCAGGGCUAUAAACGAAUGCUUGAGAAUGGAGCGUGGGAACAAUGCAUGUCUGCCCUGGAGCCUCCUGUGAAGGAUAGGCUUCUUAAGUACCUUUCUUAAACAGUCUUUCUUUGUUGUAAGGGCAGACAAUGUCUUGGUGCUGAUCACCUUUACAAGGGUGAGCCGGGUGCUCGCUCCCCUGCAUUUUCUUCUUCUUUGCAUUUGUCUGAUUGUUGUAGAGCCUGUGUGAUAUAUCGAGAAAGGGAGAGCAAAGUGCUGUCAAUGUCCGUCGAAGAAAUUGGAUUGAAACGCUUGAUUUUUACACGAAAAAAUUGGGUGGUUGAAGAAAAUGGUGACUCUGAGUUUGUAUAAAAGGGGCAGGCAUUUCUGAUUCUUUUUUCUCUUCAAGAUGUCGUGUUUGUUAUGGUUUGCAGAAAGUUAGUCCAUAGUUUUACCUUUAUGGAUCUAGAAAUUUUGCCU